UUUCCAUGCCAAUCAAUCCCAAUUCCCUGCCACAAGUCCGCAACACCACCACAAUCCCAAUUCCCUGAUUUCGCAUGCGAUGACGUCAACUUUUGCCUUCCCAUUGUACCCGACACAUUCAUUGCCCAUUUCUUAUAACUACUUUUAUUUCCUGCUCUUUCCUUUUUUACAAGACACUAAGUUGAGCAUCAUCGCACGCUCAGUCUCGCAAUCUGUUAACAUUAUCAAAUGGAAACCUGGUUCUUCAUCCUAGUCUCUCUCUGUUUCUGUGUGCUCAUCAGGGCCAUCCUCUCCCUUUACUCAUCCACCACCACCACCAACAACAACAACAACAUUAACAAAACAAAGAGCAUUAAAAUCCCACCUGGCCCUCGUCACAUCCCCAUCAUCACAAGCAUCACAUGGCUCGUAAAAUCAUUCUCAGAACUAGAACCUAUUCUUCGAGGCCUUCACGCUAAAUACGGUCCCAUCAUCACUCUCCGCAUUGGUUCUCUUCCAUCCAUAUUCAUCCGCGAUCGAACCCUCGCCCACCACGCUUUAAUCCAAAACGGUUCUCUCUUCUCCGACCGCCCCAAAGCUCUUCCCACUGCUAAAGUCUUCACCAGCGAACAACAUAACAUCAGCUCCGCCUCCUACGGCCCCACGUGGCGCAUCCUCCGCCGCAACCUUACCUCCGAGAUACUUCACCACUCUCGGGUCAAAUCCUUUUCCAGUACCCGCAAGUGGGUCCUGGAAACCCUCCUCACCCGAUUAAAAUUUGAUUCGGAAUCAAGCGAUUCCAUACGGGUCAUCGACCACUUUCAAUACGCCAUGUUCUGCUUGCUCGUGUUCAUGUGUUUCGGUGAAAGAGUUGACGAUGAGAAAGUCAAAGACAUCGAGCGUGUCCUGCGCCAACUACUUCUCAGCUUUAGCAGAUUCAACAUCCUAAAUUUCUGGCCAAAAGUCACUGCGAUUUUGUUCCGCAAACGUUGGGAGGAGUUGUUUCGGGUUCGUAAGGAGCUAGAAGAUGUGUUGGUUCCGUUGAUAAGAGCGAGGAAGCAAGCUAAGGAGGGUAGAGUGAGCGAUGACUCAAACUCUGUCGUUUCGUAUGUGGAUACUUUGUUGGAUUUGGAAUUGCCUGAGGAGAAACGCAAGCUGCAUGAAGGGGAAAUUGUUACCGUAUGUUCCGAGUUUAUGAAUGCUGGCACAGACACAACUUCCACUGCGUUGCAGUGGAUUAUGGCGAAUUUGGUGAAGUACCCUCAUGUUCAACAGAAGCUUGUGGAGGAGAUUAAGGAGGUGGUGGGUGAUAGAGAGGAUAAGGAAGUGACAGAGGAAGAUUUGGAGAAGAUGGGGUAUCUCAAAGCUGUGAUUUUGGAAGGGUUGAGGCGUCACCCACCGGGGCACUUUGUGUUGCCACAUGCUGUGACUGAGGAUGUUGUUUUGAAUGGUUAUUUGGUGCCUAAGAAUGGGACUGUGAAUUUUAUGGUGGCAGAGAUGGGGUGGGACCCUGAGGUUUGGGAAGAUCCCAUGGAGUUUAAGCCAGAGAGAUUCUUGAACCAGAACGAGGCUCAAGUUGAGGCUUUUGAUAUUACUGGAAGCAAAGAGAUCAAGAUGAUGCCGUUUGGAGCAGGGAGGAGGAUUUGUCCUGGCUAUAAUGUAGCAAUGCUCCAUUUAGAAUACUUUGUGGCCAAUUUGGUUUGGAGUUUUGAUUGGAAGGUUUCGGAAGGAGGUCAUGUUGAUUUGACUGAAAAACAGGAAUUCACUGUGGUCAUGAAAAAUCCUUUGCAGGUUCAUAUUUCUCCAAGGAUCUGAUUAUCUAAACUAUCUGUUGAUAAUAGGUUGGAAAAUAAAUCCAUAUAGUUGGCAGAGAUAGAUAGAUGCUUUAGUUGUUAAAAUUCUCUUGAAUUUAAACUUCUAUGGAUUAAUGUAUUUGAAUUUAAAAAAUGGGAUGAAUAUGUAAUUUGAUAUAAUUUUGUGAAGUUCAUAUAUACAAUUAUGUAGUCAAUUAUGAAUUUAAGGAUCACAAUGUAAAUAUGUUUAUUAAGUUUGAACUCACUUGUUAAGUGUGCUGGGUUGUGGUGUUAAGAAGUUGAAGCUAAAGUUACAGUUAUAUAAGUGUAUUAUCCCUUCUGCACUCUUUAUCAGAUCUGUAUAUUGUUCCCAUAAUGUUCUAAUAUAUAGAAAUGUGUCUAUAAAAGCCAAUAACAAAAGGCAAG